AUGUCACAUCACGGUUCAGAUCCUGACCUCCACCGAGCCAUCUCUCUGCGCCCGAGUCCAUUCCAUGCACAUCCUGAACCUACGACUCGUCUAACUCAACAUCCUGCAGGAGUGCUUCCCGUUCUCCCCCUGCCACAGGACAAGACUGGUGCUUCUACCUCAUACGAGGUCAACGAGUCUCAUGACCCCGUGUCACGCCCCGCUUAUGCUCGUAACAUCAGUGAAGCCGAAGACGUAGAAGGCCAAGCUCUUCCAAGCUAUACCUCGGAGAAUGAUCCUCUAGAUCUAUCAAGCCGCAUCAAGAGCACGACACAGCUAGAUGCCAUGCAAGCGAACACGUCUAGGAGACGUCAAGGUGCUAAGGACCGCUUUUGUGCCCCUAUCGCUCAGACCAAAGAUGCUUUCCAGUCGCGCAAAGUCCGAGGCUUCUACGAGGGUCAGAAUGAAGCCAUCGAGAGGAUGUUGAAGCCAGUCGACGACCACAGAAGGGAAGCUAAAGAAGAAGCCGGCGCCGACAAUCUACAGUACAAGAUUGCUGUCUACGGAUCUUUUGCCGCAAAUGUGAUUCUCGCUGGUCUUCAAAUGUAUGGAGCCGUCUCUUCUGGCUCUUUGUCACUCUUCACCACUACCGCCGAUGCAGUCUUUGACCCGUUAGCCAAUGCUACCUUGCUUCUGUGUAACCGCGCUGUCAACCGUGUCGACGCUCGCAAGUUCCCUGCCGGAAAGGCCCGUAUCGAAACAGCAGGCAACAUCGCUUUCUGCUGCUUAAUGUGCAGUGUAUCAUUCAUCCUCAUAGUUCUUUCGAUCGAGGAGCUCGUCAGAGGAUCCGAUUCCGAGACAAAGACCUUCCAUCCACCUUCUGUGAUUGCUGUAUGUGUUGCAUUCGCUACAAAGCUCGUACUGUUCAUUUACUGUUGGUCUUUGAGGAACAAGUACUCCUCUGUACGCAUCCUCUGGGAAGACCACAGAAAUGAUUUGUUCAUCAACGGAUUCGGUGUCUUGACUUCUGUCGGAGGCAGCAAGCUCGCUUGGCAAAUCGACCCUUCAGGAGCAAUUGCCCUUUCGUGUCUCGUUGCUUUCCUGUGGCUACGUACUGCCUACUCUGAAUUUCAGCUUCUGAUUGGAGUCACCGCUCCUACUCACAUGCUGCAGUGGAUCACGUACAUCGCCAUGACACACAACCCGGCUAUAGUCAGUCUGGAUACUGUAAGGGCCUGGUAUAGUGGCCCUCGUAUCACAGUCGAAGUGGACAUUGUCCUUCACCCUGACAUGACUCUGAAAGAAACCCACGAUAUUGCAGAAGAUCUGCAAAACAAGCUUGAAGGUCUACCCGAUGUCGAAAGAGCCUAUGUGCACAGCGACUACGAGACAGAACACAGAGCAGAGCAUUUUUUGAAGAAGGAACUGUGA